UAGACGGUGUUCUUUGUAAAUCCUACAAGACAACCGGUUUUAGAUAAACUUUUAAAUGCCUAUACAAAGCCAGCUUAUAAACAUUGUAAAGACGUUCUGUAAGGCAUUUAAACGGCUUCAUGAACGUAUUUGAACAUUUUGCGCCAAUCGUUCGAACGGUUUAGCAGAACUGUUUUCAAAUGUUUUUGUCCAACCGUUUGAACGGUCCAUUAAGAAGUCUGAACGGUCCAUUAAGAAGUCUGAACGAUCUCAAAUAUCGUUUCAACGGAAAGCCAAAGCGUUUAAACGGAUAACGAACGGAUAACAUAUAUCAUGUCGAAGAGACAACAACCUUCGAGAGGCAGCACGCAAGAAUUUGCUAAAUCUGCCCAUAAUACGCCUAACAAAGUAAGGAAUUCAGAAAAUAAGACACCUAAGACAUCUAAGAAAGCAAUGACAUCUGAAAACCCAGAAGAAAUUAGCAAAAUCGACGAGUUAUACACCAUGAUGAAAUCUGUUAUGGUGAAAUUGGAGACGCUCGACUUGAUCAAUGAGCGCAUUUUAUCUGUCGAGCAAAACGUGAAGAGCCUGACUAAGUCUAUGGAGUUUGCUCACGCAGAAAUCGCUGAUAUCAAGGAGGAGAUGAAACAGAGAAAAAAAACGGAAGAAAAAAACGUGACGAGGAUUGGGGAACUCGAAGAGUCAAACAGGAGGCUUCAAGAAACCGUGGUCGACCUUAAAGCAAGAUCAAUGCGGGACAACCUACUGUUCCACAACAUCGAGGAAUCCGACGAAGAAGAUUGCGCUGAGGUAAUCUAUAGCUUGUUAGAGGAGAAAUUGGAUGUGCCAGACCCGCGUCAAAAUAUUAAAAUCGACCGUGCGCAUAGAGUUGGCAGAAAACGCGAUAGUCGCAGGAAGCCGAGAGCUAUUGUUGCCAAAUUUAAUUUUUUCCCGGAUCGAGAGAAAAUCCGCCGAAACGCCAGGAAACUGAAGGGAACAAGGAUUGGGAUCUCCGAACAGUUCCCUGAAGAAAUAGAGAAAGUGCGGCAGAAAUUAUACCCAGAGAUGAGAAGAGCGAAAGCGGAAAAACAAAGAGUGCGUUUAGUGCGUGACAAACUUUUUAUCAAUAAUGUGGAAUUUAUUCCCAAUAACAGUUAAAAGGUAUUGCGUUAAAAAUAUUAACAUUUUAUAUCUAUUCUAGUUUAAUAUGGCUUCUACAAACAUAGAGAUAAAAUUAUGCUCAACAUGUCUUCGUGAAAUAGUCAUGGAUAAAAACGGCAUUGUUUGUGUGACGUGUGGGACGUGGUUCCAUGCCAGGAACGCUUGCAUUCAAUCACCUCGCACAUGUCAACAGACGGAAAUUGAAACAUGUCACUUGUGCAUAACCGAUGCUUUGCCUUUUAGCUCAAUAAGUGAACUUGAUUUUAAUUUUACUUUUGGAGAUUUUUCCCGACUUCCCAACGAGAGGGAUAUGGAUAGAUUAAUGCAACUUAAAUUCAACCCUUUUGACAUGCAACACACAACUACCGGAAAUAGAGCCGGAAAUAAUGACUGCGAC